GGGCAGAGCCCGAUUCAGUUUCUAAGGGGGGGUCAGCCAUCGACCGUGUCGCUGGAGUACGAGCAUGUCCCCGACUCUCUGUUCCACUGGCAAUAUAAAACAAUGAGGGAUCAAAGGUGCCGGCUUAAAGUGGAGAGGAGUCGCAAGCCGGCCAUUUCACUCCAUUCUUUUUCGAACAAAUGGCCGAUGUUCCCGCCGCGGAGGGCGCUUCAGCAACACACCGAAAACUCCAGGACAGGAGAAGCGUUUGCGCAGCGACAAGAGAAAGCACCGCCGUCACCCGUGGCCCAGUCGCAGAUGCCCGAGCGCCAGAUCUUCAACCUGGCAGAACGAACCGAGUCUCCGAGGAAGCUGUCAGACCAAUGGAUAGGUCAGAAUGUGAACCGAAACCACAAGGCUGAGCAGAAACCUGUAGUAUCUGGCCCGCAUCCGCCACUGAGCGAUCCCUGCCCGAACUUGUCCUAUCCACGCCCGCACGCCCGGGAAAGUGCCGCCUUAAGGACAAACUUCCCCCCAGCCAAGCGAAAACCGAACCCCCGUGGGCUUUUGUGGUCCGCCAUCGGCAAUGAGGUGUCCGAUGCUUUUCCUUUCAUCUCGGAAUCGCGUCAUCGCACGUCCGACCCCGUGACCCACAUCGAGGAGCCUCGCACACACAGAUCCGAUCCUCGACUACACACGUCCGCCACCUGCGCCCUGGCUAGUCCACGACAUCAUCUGACCAAGCCCCGGCCCCAGAAGUCUGAGCCCCGCCUGCAGGGUCCCAGCACCUGGUCCCAACGCUUUCCGGGUGAUCGCCAUCCGCAAACGGAUAACGCCUACCUUCAUCUCCGCCCCCCGGGCCUGUCCGACACGGCGUCACGAUCCCCUGACCACGCCCUCACUUUAACCAACCCCUGGGUCAAGGUGCACGAACCGCACCCCCCGUUGCCCAUACAGCUCCACCCUGCGAAAGAACAGAAACAAUGUCACCAGAACACCUGGAAGGUACAAGGUAGCCGCAAAAGUGAACGCCAGGACGCAGCCUACAAAAUUCAGACCAAGGGAAUUGAGUCGUGGGACCCAUCUUUUAUGGUAAAUUAGCAUGAAACAUAAGCACGACAACAUAAGCAUGACAUAAGCACGACAUAAGCACGACAUUUAAAUUUACUAAGGGGCAAACAAAUUAAUCUAAUUCACAAUUUUUCUGUGUCGAAUUGCCCCCCUCCUACAAAAAUCAGACCAAGGGAAUUGAGUCGUGGGACCCAUCUUUUAUGGUAAAUUAGCAAGAAACAUAAGCACGACAACAUAAGCAAGACAUAAGCACGACAUAAGCACGACAUUUAAAUUUACUAAGGGGCAAACAAAUUAAUCUAAUUCACAAUUUUUCUGUGUCGAAUUGCCCCCCCCCCCCUCCCUCGUCAUUAAAAUUAUCACAUAAAUUUAAGCACAAUCAAUACACUGUUACACACUCAUUAUACUGUCACACACUAUUCACAAAAAUGGGGUUCCAUUCGCUUCCUAGAUGCUUGAGAUCAAUUUUUAUGCAUUGGCAAGAACUGUUAAUAAAUUAGAUACAUUUUUGUUUUUCGAUCAUCGAUCUUUCAGUCUGACCCCCCACCCCCCCCACCCAACCCCACCAACCAAACUCUUCAUGUUUAGUCAUCACAAUCAUAUCACGCUGAGAGUCAAAGGACCCUCUAUAAACUGAUCUUCAUGGCACCAUUGGGUUCUAAUCUACUCCUUUGUUCGACCACAGUACAUUGAGCUUCGAGUUAAUUCAAAAAAAAAAAAAAAAAGUGAAUGAUUCUUUGAUAGCCAUUUCAGAACAUGAUACCUGAGCCAUUCUUGCGCAAUUAUGUGUAUGUGUGCGUGUUUCUUUGUGUGUGCCAAAACCUGGUGCACUACAUACACCGUGCUUAACCAUGGGUCCUAAUACGCGAUACAAUUAAUACAAAGACGGACCACACAGGACGACUGUGUGUUGUUGAAUUGUUUUGAGUGUGUUGAUCCGCCAGACCACUUUCACGUUGUUUACGUUGAACUAAGCGAACUAAUUCGGAAACGAAUUAAAUAAAAUAAAUAAACGGACAAAUCUGCACUCUAUUUCAAAUUUUACAAUCGUCUACCAACAAGUUUUUUUUAAAAUCGUUUUUGUUCAGACUAAGACAGUCAACUAACACUGUCAUAAUUUGUUCGUUCAGCCUGGCAUACUCCACUCUAAGCCGUCAUUUGCUCAGCCUGACAUUCUCAAAAUUUCUCAGCCCAAGUUUGUUCGCUCCGCCCUUUUCUCGUUAUCAAUCUUUCUACAAUAAAAAUUCCUGACUGGUUCUUGUCACAUUUCGCACCGCUCUCUUUCGUCCCUUCCCCUGUCGUACACUUACUCACGUACACACGCAUUGGUGGGAUAUACGUAGCUUCAUCUGGAAUUAUUACUAUUAUUAUAGAUUAUAAACCUCUUCCCGUAUUUUAAAAGCACAACUUAAUUGCGUUGCCCCGCCCAGUACAGCUAUACUAUACAACAGCGGAGUCCUUUCAUUUGUGAAAAUCAUAUCCGGCUCAAUCAAUCUCUAUGUCCAGAUUGAAUCUAAUUUGAUGUAAUCCAUUUUCUGCUUUAGCGCAGUGUAAAAUAAUUUAGCGUCAUAUUUUGUUGCUUAGGUUGAUUCUAUUUAAAACUUACUGCGACGUUCGAUAACUCUGUUGUAGGUUUAACUUACGAAUGGGGGUUUUACAUUUGUUCUAUUAACAUCGCGUUUGUUCGUUGUAGGCUGGCUAAAAUCUUCGGACGGCUCAUUGACUCACUUCACGCCAACCCAUGAACCUGAAAAUUGGCAUGUAGACUUGUUGCCAAUGACAAAACAUUCUUUUAAAAUAACACCCCCUUCCCCCCCGCGCCAAAAAACAGCUUUUUCCUGUUUUUCAAAAAGGAAGAUGAAGGCAUUAGGAUGACACUGAUUUCACGAAAUAAAAUUCCCGAUAAACUCUGUUAAAUGAGUUACUUAAAAAAGUAAUAUCGCAAAAGUGUUUGGUGCGAAGUUUUUCCUUUUGUGUGUCUGACAUAGCUUGUGAAAUACAUCUACUGUGUAAAAAGCGAGUGGGACAGUAGAAUAUUAAUAGAAAGUUAAAUAAAAAAUUGCAUAUAAAAUAUUUAAAGUUUUUUUUUUUUGGAGGGGUUGUUUAAUUGUCUCUCAACUUAUUUUAUUUCGAAAAUUAUUUGAUCCUAUUUUGAAAUGGCAUGUUUGUGCCGUCUGUGGGUAUUUCUAACGCCUGGUGAUACUCCCAACAGGAAGAGAGCACCUCAUUGGAGCGAGUGUUGAGCUGGCUGGACACGAUCCCAGUGACCCCCUCCUACCCGUGCCUGAACCAGCACAACGUCACGCCCAGCAACAGCCUGGAGCAGGUCCCGAGGAGUUGCCUGCGGAAGAAGAACGCCGCACAUCGCGGGUCACAUUUUACCGUGGUCAAGGGCGUCACCGCCAGACUGAACCGCAGGGAGGCCGCGGCCGUGGUCCAGAUGUCGAGCCCCAAGAAACGGGAGCUGGUCAUCAAACCGGUUUCUGCUUACUUUGAGGAGACCGAAGACAUUGACUUUUGCCCUUGUGCACCCCAGCCCAGCCCCUGCUCAAGCGUUUACCGGGAUCUGAACAAGGAACAGAACAUGCCGAAAGGACAAACAACUCCCCCCCAAAAUAAGACAGAACAUUCAACCUCAAAAACCAAGUCCUUCCGAUCGAGUAAAAAACGCGCCCCCACCCCGAUGCCCAUAAUGUCCUUACAAAUAGCGCCCCAGCCGAGCAUCAACGUUAAGUUCAAGCGAAAGCAGAAGCCUCUGCUCAAAACGAGUACGCCCCACAGGCGGGACAAGACCUUGCUUCGUAAAGCGAGCCGGCAGUUCAUCAUGGCCACCACCAAGCUCUCGAACGAGCUGAUGAGCGUGCGGUCGACGUCGACUCCUCUCGUGAGGCGCGUCAAGAGGACGCGGCGCCGACGGGGCAGGAAGAAGAAGUCGAAGAAAUGCAAGUCGCAACUCAAGUUCUUGGACAAGGCCAUCAGGAUGCUGAAGUGCAACAUGACCCUGCUCAGCAGGAGGCCAGGGCAUGUGGAGCUCCGCGGCCCCGACAGCAGGGACUUCCGGCCUGGUGGCCGGUUUGCCGCGGAGGUUUCCGGAAGCGGGAUCCACCACACGACGUCGACGAAAUACGCCACUGUCGGAUCCCUAAGAAGUAACUCAGAAAACGGCCUCUAUCGGCCGCUGACGGAACAGUGCAACGCCGGAGGAUGGCAAAGGGAAGAGUAACUUAAAAUGACGUCAUUCCAACUUUUGAGACAAUGGUAGUAAAACGAACGAAU